UUAUUUGAAUUCCGUGUGGAAAGAGGUCGGGUUAACUUCGAGUGUUAUCUGCAAUCUAGAUGUUUAUAAAUCAUUUCAGUCGUUGAUAUAAUAAUUAAAGGUCGACUGAACAUGAAUUAUAUUAUACAAUUUAAAGCGCAUUUCUGUUUAUGCACGUGAACCCGUCUAACGUUAUUGUUAUUUCGCAGUUAUAUAAAGUAGCAAAUUAUCGUUCCUGAAUAGGUGGCGCCGUGGUAGCCGAUCCUGUUCCUCAACUUCCGGUUUCUGCACUGAGUUACAUUUUUAAUUAACGAUGCCAAGUACUUGUUGUUGUGUACCUGGAUGUCAUUUAAGAGGAGGACAUGCAUUUCCAAAUGACUUAAAAAGAAGGAAAAGUUGGAUCAACGCCAUGGCCCAUACGCAGAUUGGACGAGAACACGAUGAAAUCUCAAUCAGCUGUUGUUUGCAAGGCACAUUUUACUGAAAAAGACUACGUGCAGGAAACUAUUCAUGGGCGCAAACCCACCUUACAGAGACUUAAGUCUACUGCCAUUCCCAGCCUAUUUUCCUGGACCAAGCAAGAGACUGAAUCGUCCGCAAAAAGAAAAAUCAGGGCAGUUUCCUGUGGAAACCAAAGAACUAAACUUGAUGAAUAUUGUAGUCGAAAUCUAGAGGAAAGUUUUGAUUGUAAAGUUGGUUUCCCUGAAGAAGUCAUUCAUACUGCAGAAAGGAUUUAUGACUGUCCACCACCAACUGCCGAGCUAAUGUUGAGCUUCAAAGAUGGAAUUACGCAAACACCAUCAAUGCCUAUGUUUUCAGCAGAGAAUUUUGAAAUGAAGACAUGUGACACAGCCAUGCAUUUUAUACCGGUUUAGAGUUGUAUACUAAAUUUUUAUUUGUUUUGCACACACUUGGUCCAGCAGCACAUUGUUUGAGAGACAUAUAUUUUCAAAUUGAUAGGGUGUCAGUUGAAAAUCAGUUUUUUUUAUGACUUUGAUGAAAUUGAGGCAUUAUACAACCAACUUUGAACUGCCUAGAUUCUAGAUUGAAUCUAGUGUUAAGAAUAUUGUGUAUACAUGGAUUGUUUUUAUGUCUAAACAGUGGUGUGAGACUAACACUUGGCCAUCUAGUGGUUUAGUCAGGUAUUUUUCGCCAUCCAACUUCAAAUUAAAGUUUCCUACAACUUGGAUUAUUAUUGACAGCACAGAAUAUCCCGUGAUAAAACCUAAAGCUCCUAGAGCUCAGGCAACCUUUUCAUCAUAUAAAAACAGAAACACUGAAAAUACUUGUAUGUUCGACACCUGGUGGUUUAGUCAACUAUGUCUCUAAUGCAAAUGUUGGUUGUACCAGUGACUGUGAAAUAGUUGAAAGAUGUUGAAUAGUUCAAUUAUGUGAUCCAGGUGACAGUGUGAUGGCAGACAAAGGUUUAAAUGUGCAAGAUUUGUUUGCUAACUUUUUUCAAAAAAAGAAACAGAAUUAGUUCCAAAACUCUUAUACGGGAUAGAAAAGUCCCUCAUUAACACGUGCACAUAGAGCGAAUUAUUGGACUUGGCAAAACAUACAAAAUUCUAAUAAAUCCAAUGAAUGGAACUGAAACAAA